CCAGAGAUGGGCAGUGAGUUGCCGGGUACAGUAGUAAUGCCAGGUGCAGUUGGGUCUGGCACAGUAAGAAUGGGAGGAACUGUGCCAGGCCGUGGUGGCAAGAGAAGAUCAGGCGGAAUGGACUUCGAUGACGAAGAUGGAGAGGGACCAAGCAAAUUUUCAAGAGAGAACCACAGUGAAAUUGAACGACGUAGACGCAACAAAAUGACACAGUAUAUCACCGAACUGUCAGACAUGGUCCCUACCUGCAGUGCUCUGGCACGUAAACCGGACAAACUGACCAUUCUGCGCAUGGCAGUCUCUCAUAUGAAGUCAAUGCGGGGCACUGGCAACACAUCUACUGACGGAGCCUACAAGCCCUCAUUUCUCACUGAACAGGAACUGAAGCAUCUCAUCUUGGAGGCUGCAGAUGGGUUUCUAUUUGUUGUGGCAGCAGAGACGGGACGUGUGAUCUAUGUCUCUGAUUCUGUGACACCAGUGUUGAACCAACCGCAGUCUGAGUGGUUUGGCAGUACUCUGUAUGAACAUGUCCACCCUGACGACGUUGACAAGCUUAGGGAACAGCUCAGUACCUCAGAAAACUCCAUGACAGGUCGUAUUCUUGACCUGAAGACUGGGACAGUAAAAAAGGAGGGCCAACAGUCCUCGAUGAGAAUGUGCAUGGGCUCCAGGCGCUCCUUCAUCUGCCGUAUGAGGUGCGGCAGCGCUCCGUUGGAUCACAUCUCACUAAAUCGUCUGUCUAAUAUGAGGAAAAGAUACAGGAAUGGCCUCGGACCAUCAAAAGAAGGGGAGGCGCAGUACUCUGUGGUUCAUUGCACUGGCUAUAUCAAAGCUUGGCCCCCUGCAGGUAUGACUGUACCAGAUGAGGACACAGAGGCAGGACAGACUGGGAAAUACUGUCUUGUUGCCAUUGGAAGACUGCAGGUAACCAGCUCUCCAGUCUCUAUGGAUAUGAAUGGUCUGUCAGUACCUACAGAGUUCUUGUCCCGCCACAAUUCUGAUGGAGUUAUCACUUUUGUCGACCCGCGCUGCAUCAACGUUAUUGGUUAUCAGCCUCAGGACCUGUUGGGGAAAGAUAUUCUGGAGUUUUGCCAUCCUGAGGAUCAGAGUCACCUGAGAGAAAGUUUUCAACAGGUGGUGAAGUUAAAGGGUCAGGUACUGUCGGUGAUGUACCGCUUCCGCAUGAAAAACAGGGAGUGGAUGUUGAUCCGAACCAGCAGCUUCACCUUCCAGAACCCAUACUCUGAUGAGAUUGAGUAUAUUAUUUGCACCAACACCAAUGUUAAGCAACUUCAGCAGCAACAAGCUGAGCUCGAAGUUCACCAGAGAGACGGUCUGACUGCAUAUGAUCUUUCCCAGGUUCCUGUGGCUAAUGUGAGCAGUGGAGUGCAUGAGGCAGGGAAGAGCAUCGACAAACCAGAGGCCCUUUUCUCCCCGGAAAGAGAUCCACGCUUUGCCGAGAUGUACACCAGCAUCUCCGCGGGCGAUAAGAAGAUGAUGGUUCCCUCCUCUACAGCAGGAGGACAGCAGCUUUAUUCCCAGAGUUCUCCAUUCCAGCAGGGACACUCUGGAAAAAGCUUCAGUUCCUCGGUGAUCCAUGUCCCGGGUGUGAAUGACAUCCAGCCAUCAAGUUCAUCCAAUCAGAACCUAGCUCAGAUAUCAAGACAACUUAACCCAGGCCAAGUCGCUUGGUCGGGAAAUCGACCCCCGUUCUCUGGCCAGUCCAGUAAAGCACAGUCCAGUCCUUUUGGUAUUGGCAGUGGACACAGCUACCAGACCGAUCCGGCCUCCUACAGUCCCCUUUCAUCUCCAGCCACAUCAUCACCCAGCGGCAAUGCCUACUCAGGGCUGACAAACCGCAGCACAGCUUUUGGAGAGAGCAGCCAGAGUGGAGGGCAGUUCCAAGGUCGACCAAGUGAAGUCUGGUCCCAGUGGCAGAACCAGCAUCACUCCCAGCAGGCUGGGGAGCAACAUACGCACACCAACCCUAGCCAGACUGAAGUCUUUCAGGACAUGUUACCCAUGGCUGGAGAUCCCACUCAAGGAACAGCCAACUACAACAUUGAGGACUUUGCCGACCUCGGCAUGUUUCCGACGUUCUCCGAGUAA